UGUGAUCUCCAUCUUUGAUCGUAGUAAUGGCGAAAGAGCAAACAAUGAUGAUUGAUCCAAAAAGUGGUUUCUGUUCAGAAACAAAAAUUUACCAUAGCUUACUUCCUCCAGCUCCUCUUCCUCCACCAACCACAUCUCUUUCAAUUUCAGACUAUGUACUAUCUCUUUUACACCAACACUACACUAGUAGUACUUCAGACUUCUAUCCGGAAAGAGUCACUGCAUUUAUCGACUCUGAAACAGAUGAUCGAGUUUCAUAUUCUGAGUUUCUCAGCAAGAUUGAAUCUUUAACGCAUUCUCUGAAAUUGGUUAUUGGUUUGUCCAAGGGAGACACUGCUUUCAUUCUGUCACCUGCAACUCCACAAAUUCCAGUACUGUAUCUAUCUCUUCUCUCUAUAGGAGUCAUUGUUUCUCCUUCCAAUCCCAUCAGCACUGCUACUGAAAUUUCUCACCAGAUAAACCUAUGCAAACCAGCAAUUGCUUUUGGCACUUCAGAAACUACUCACAAACUUCCGUCUGUUCUUUGUUUCCCAACAAUCGUUCUAGACUCGCAUGAUUUCUACUCCAUGAUGCAUUGUUCAUCAAUUAGGCAGAAUCAGAUGGACUCAGAGGAGGAGAAGAUUAGUCAAUCAGAUACAGCAGCAAUCCUAUAUUCAUCGGGAACAACAGGCCGGGUCAAGGGCGUAACACUGUCACACCGAAACUUGAUAGCAUCUGUAGCAGAGGUUUACGCAUAUAAACAGAUGUUAAAGAUGUCUACAAGAGCUGUAAACUACUCUACAGUGUCUCUAUUUCACAUCUAUGGGUUUACUGCAGUUCUUGAAUCGGUCACAAUGGCUGAUACCUUUGUGAUUCCGAUGAAGAGGUUUGAUUUUUGUGGAAUGUUGAAGGCAAUAGAGAAAUUUAAGGUGACGGUUUUGGCUGCGGUGCCACCCAUUAUCUUGGCUAUGACAAAAGGUUAAUCAACAGCAGAAAGUGGAGGAAUAUUGGAUGGUUAUGAUCUGAGCUCAGUGGAAGGUAUCAGAUGUGGU